AUGGCACAACUUCAUGGGACGCCCAUCAUUAAACUGCGAUUGGUUUACCGCUUUCUAUCACGCUCCGAGACAGCCGAUUCCGAAUCACUGACUGGUGAAGGCGGAGAUGGACAAUUGCCGAAUACAAAGAACAGAAAAAAUGGAGGAUGGUUUUCAUCCGGGGAUGAAAGCUUUUUCGGAAUGUCACGGACGCAACGAAUUUUCGCCUUCUUUCUCUCACUGCUGGGCUCAAUAUUUGCUUCUCAACGGUAUGCCUUGAUUCCU